AUGGAUUCUCUGGACUUGGUGAGCCCUUACCUGUUCAAGCACAAAAGGAGGAACUUUCUGGUCAAGGAAAAAAUGCGACCCACCGACCUCGAUGCUCUGAGGCAUUUUGAGAUCCGUCCUACUGAUAUCUUCCUUGUCACGUACCCCAAGUCAGGCACAGUCUGGAUGCAGCAGAUCCUGGUCCAGAUCAUGGAUGCUGCACACCCUGACUGGGCAGAAGAUGCUACCAACAGGACCAGAGUUCCUUGGCUGGAGGAGAGAUCUGUGGACAACCCUACCAGAGAAAGAGCAGAUCCUCAAAUCUAUGGCUCGCAUCUCCCCCCCGACAUGUUACCUCAGGGAGUGAAAGACAAACAAAUCAAGGUUGUGUAUGUUUGGAGGAAUCCCAAGGACAUCCUGGUGUCCCUCUAUCACUUUUCCAACAGUUGGAUGUUACUGGAAACACCUAAGAGCUUUGAGGAUUUCUUUCAGCAGUUCCUGGAUGGCAAUGUUUACAUGGGAUCAUGGUUUGAUCACAUCCAAGAUUAUCACAAAGUACGAGAUCAACUGAACAUCCAUUUUGUGCAAUAUGAGGACAUGUUGAAGGACCUCAGAGGGGAAGUUGUGAAGCUGUGUGCUUUCCUGGGAAGACAUUUGACAGAUGAAGCCAUCGAUCAUGUUGUGGACACGUCCACCUUCAAAAACAUGAAGACCAACCCCAAAGCAAACUACAAGGACUUGGUUGAAACCAACCGCUACAAGACGGAAACCAUGCGUAAAGGUAUAGCAGGUGACUGGAAAAAUGUCUUCACAGUGGCCCAGAAUGAACAUUUUGACAGCGUGUUCAGGGAGAAGAUGAGCAACAUGCCGCUGAACUGCAUCUGGGAGAUUAAAGAAUAG